ACGUGAUGCAUCCUGGGAAAGAUCGUGAUCAAAGAUGGCGGAAGGUGUUUCGUGAAAAAGACAUCUUUUCAGAAUUUUAGUGAUUUUAAGCGAUUCUGAGAGGAAAAACUUCAUGUUUUGACGUUUUUUCUUGAUACAACGACCUUGGGAUACUGUAGAAGUGAAGGUCAAGGUAGAAAAUUGACGCAGUGAGUUUCUACGAGGAAGUAAAUUUGUGGUGCAACGCCCCCCUCCCUCUUUGUUUCUUCUGAAAAUCAUCAACAUGGGUUCGGAUCAGAGUACGCCUAUCAGUCCGCCCGAGCCUAAGAAAGGUACGGAGGAUGAAGUCCCCUACACGUCCUUCUCUGUAAACAGACCCGUGGAUGGGGAGAGCGACAGUACGGCCAAGUUUGUAAGCAAAGCACAGGAACAAGCAAAACACAAGGCUAGUAUGAAGGACAUCGUAGUGGUAGCAGAGGGACAACACGGCUACCAGUCCACAGAUCCAGAACUCAUUAAGAUCCAGGAGAUCCCCACCUUCCUCCCGAUCAUGCGGGGAUCGCUCAACGUCCCCAACAUGCGCGAUCCGGACGUACUGGACAAACUGGACUCAAAGGAAGUGUUAAAGAUGUGCCUGCGAUAUCAGGAACACAUGAAGCAGUGUGCAGAGGCAGUUGCUUUUGACCAGAACUCCCUUACCAACAGAACAAAGGAGAUGGAUUUUGCCAUUGCUGCGCUCACCAACAUGAUGACAGACCACCAGAAGAAGUACGCAAAGUACGCCGAACAGAUCAUGAAGAUCAACGAGAUGUCACAGACUCUAAAACGCUGCCAAAUGGCGGUGGACCAACUCUUGCCACUGAUGGACAGACUGAACAGUGUUUUACCCGAGGAACAGAGAUUAGAACCGUUUUCUAUGAGACCAGGGAGAUCUGCAACAGACGAGCAAGCAUCUUCUAGUAGACACUCUUCAGUAUCUAGUUUGCAUUAGAAUACUUUACUUGAAAUUGCUGUCAAAUGGCGGUGGACCAACUCUUGCCUCUUAUGGACAGACUAAACAGUGUUUUACCUGAGGAACAGAGAUUAGAACCGUUUUCUAUG